GUUCAAAUGUUGCAACUGAAACAUAUUCUUGACAGCAACAAGCAGAUACACACACAGCUGAAGUAGGACAUUUUCAUAGAGCAGUUUCUUUGAAAAAAGCUCAGAUGACGGAACAAGGAGAUGGGGCCCAUGCUCAGCCUAAUGAGGGGCAACCACUUUUUGCUGAAGGUGGUAACUGGGAAGAUAUGGACGACUUCUUUGAAAAUGGUGUGGAACACGUUAUAAUGUUUGCACCACAAAUCUUUGAAGUUGCGAGACUUUGGGAGCUAGAGCAGCUUAACAACAAUGGUGAUCACAUCAAUCAGAACAAUUUCUUCAACAUUCAUUUUGAAAUUGAUGACAGCAACUCUGAUGAUGGAAAUGAUGACAACAAUGCUGAUGAUGAAAAUGACCACAGUAACAGCGAUAUUGAACAUGACCACAAUUAUGGCAAUUAUAAUUUUGCCGAUGAUAAUCAAAAUGCUGACAGCAGCAACAAUGAAGAAGAACGCAAUGAAGGUCAUCAAGAUGAAAAUGACCUUGCUGCUGCUGAGGUUGACUAUGACGUCAACCCGGAUGCAGGAGAAUCAGAGGAGGAUCUGCUUCCUGGAGGAUUUAGGAGACAGUUUAGAGAGGAAGACAGUGACGAUGAGAAAAGUCAUGCCAGUGAAACUUUCCACUGGUGGGAUGAAUUUGCUGACAGCGCCUCUGAAGAACAAGACUCACUACUUGAAGGCAAUAAAGAAAGUGAUGAGAGUGAUGAAGACGAGAGGUGAAUCUAAAUAGUGACAUGCCAACCGUCACUCACAGUGACUGAAUGGAACCUCUUUAAUA